AUGCGUCUAAGCUGGGCUGCCGAGCCCCAUCGCCUCGACGACGACUCCGACGACGGCGACGACGCUGGCUACCGUUGCCGCUCCCACUAUCGCUGCUGCGACGGCCGUGAUGGCUCUGGCCACGACCGGCAUCGACAACCGCCGCCGUUGCACGAGCCAUGCGGCGGCAACGCUGCGACACUUUUGCCGGCUGGCGUAGCGCCCUCACAGCUUGAGAAGCAGGAGAGACAUCAGUCGCUCGCGGGGACCCACGAUGUGUUUAAGAGACGGCCUGGUCGGCGGAGGGGGAGGAGGAGGACGUGGGCCGAUUCUCUGCCCAGCUCGUUGCGCCCGGCGCCCAUGACGCUGCUCGCAACCAUGCUGCUCCUCGUCCUUUUCGUCGCCUCUCCAGCUGACGCUGUUCGGGUCAAUGUCACCAACUGCCUUUCCGAAGACUAUCUCUCCGCCGCCUCUCCCCGCCUGCAGUGGGAGCCCUUGUUUGCCGAAGCAAAGUUCGACACCAAGAACAGCACGCACAACCUUCAACUGACCGUAUGGGGCAACGUCACCGGCAAGCAGUAUCAGGACAACCUGCCGCCACCCGACUCCGAGUAUUGGACUAAUCCCGACCCUGCGAAUAAUAAUGGCAAGAUUGUCGAAACGGUGGACGGCGGCAAGGCCACUACGCUGGUCCAGCGGGUCAAUGUCUUGACGUACGAGCCGUGGAACCAUCUGAGCAGCUUCUGCAAGGACGCCCUCAUCAACGGCUCGUGCCCGCUGUCGCCCGUCUUCCACCCGAAACCUGAAUACCCUUAUGGCUUGCCCGCGAUUAACAUGAGCCACGACUUCCACUCCGAGUACACCUUCGCCUCCUUUGCCGCUACCAUGAUCAUCAUCAAUGGCGACACAACAGCGCUCAACAUUGGCUGCAUGUCUGUCACAAUCACACCCGACCUCGGUGGCGUCGCCUGGGUCCUCAAGUUCCUUCCGCUCGUUAUCCUACUCUUUUGCGGCUUUGCAGUCGUCUUUGCCGCCGUCUAUAGCCCCUGGGGCACCACCAACAUCUUCCACUGGUCCUCCAACUACGGUCGAGACGCUGAUCUCUUGAGGCUUGUCACCCCCGGCUUUGGCGACUGUCUCCAGUACAUUCAAUUCAUCGCCUUGACGGGCGCCCUAUCCCUCGACUAUCCGGGCUACUACCAGCCUGCCGUCAGCCAGGUGGGGUGGUCUGCGCUCAUGUUCAACGAGAGCCUCGUCUCGCAUUCCCCACCCUGGCAGAGCGUUGUCGACGGCAUUUACGUGACCAACGCCACCGAUGGAUACGGGCUCCACGAGCUGGGGCAGCUGAUCGGUAUGGCGGAGAGCACGGACAUUUGGGCCGGCAUGAUGGCCUGGCUCUGCGUCAUCAUUGUCGGCGUCUUCGUGCUCUUCCAGGCCGGCUUCUUGGUCCAGUGGGUGUGGCGCAGGAUCAAUAACAUAUCCGAGGAGGACCUGCGGGCCAAGAACAUACCCUUUAGCAUCGGCAACGUGGUGCGCAUCGUGUUUAACUACAUGCUGAUGCCCAUUGUGGCGCUCUCGACCUUUCAGCUCGUCAUCGCAGGCAACUCGCCGCCAUACACCGUUGCCUUGGCCGUCGUGACCCUGGUCCUGCUGCUGGGCUGUGCGAUUUGGAUCCUCUUGAUCAUUCUCAGGACGCGGCCCAAGUCGGUUCUGUUCGACGACCUGCCUACGGUGCUGCGGUAUGGUCCGCUAUACAACACUUACUCGGACGAGGUUGCUGCAUUUGCGCUGAUUCCGGCCAUGCUCAACUUCAUCCGCGGCAUCGCCAUCGGGGCUGUCCAGCCGAGCGGCGUUGCUCAAGUUGUGCUGCUGGCCAUCUGCGAGGUCAUUCAGAUAUUCACCCUUCAUGCCUUCCGUCCUUUCAACCGGCCUACUUCGAUGAACGCCUACCACACUCUCUUCGCCUCGCUACGUGCUGUCACCAUCAUGCUCAUGGUCGCUUUCGUCCCGAGCCUUGGCGUCACGGAGGGCCCUAAGGGGUGGAUUGGAUACGCGAUAUUGCUGAUCCAUGCGGCUGUGCUGAUUUUCGCCUUCUUCCUGGGCGCAUUGCAGACAGUCGUGGAAGUGGUGGCGCGGAUGCUCGGGGCGGGUGGCGACGACGUGACGGGUCUCACGCGAGGUGGACUGUCCAAGAUCUUUGGCAUGCGGCAGCUGUCACGGCGGGAGACGAGCCGCACCCGCGCCGGCCCAUCCCGAGCAAGCCAGCUGUCCACCGCAGCCAUGCUGGAUGCAGAGGAGGGCGGCAGAGUGGGCUACGUGAUGCCCAGCGGUAGAGUUCGCUCUGGAUCCGGCGCCAGUCUCGGCGGAAUGGGCGGCCGCCACCGACAUAGGAGCAGCUCCGCGCUCGACAGCAUCGACAUGUACUCGGGCAGCCCACGCCAUGUGGACACGGGUAGCUCAUACAUACCCGGGACUCCAGGCGAGACUAGCACGUUCUCCUUCGUCGCGGGACCGAACCUGGCGCGGCAACCGGUGCCAGCCGGCACGGAGGCGACUGAUCCUUACUAUCGACCACCCCGUCGCACUCGGCGAGACACGCUGAGGGAAUCAACAUACUCUGACAAGGCACCGGAGCUGCUCGAUCCCAAAAAGGCCGCUCAAGCUGCCACUGCGUCUGGCGACGUAACUGAGACAGGGGAGGAGAUAUCACGGGCCGCGACCCCGGCACCGCCCAACCCGACCAUGAACCUACCCGCAAACCGGCCAGACUAUGCCACACGCGAGGUGGAUUUCUACUAUGGGGUUAGAGGGCCCGCCCUUAACUCGGAAGGUCCCGGUAGGAAACUAGGGACUGGACCUGCCGACCCCACGGGACCCGUGGCCACCGCGACGGGCUGGUUCCGGAACAUGUUUAGCGGCAAAACAAAGGAGAAAGGCAAGGGCUUCGAGGUGGUGCGUAGCAAGCGCAUGCCUGCGUCCAUGGUGCGGAACGGCGGCUUCGGUGACGAGACGCCACCGGAGGGCAUUCCCGUGGCGAUGGGAGUGUUGAGGAACGGCCCGAUCGAGUCAGAUGACGACGAACCGAAAGCCAAGAACUCGCCGAAACGGUCACCUAAGCGGCCUGGGGAUCUCCUGACGGAUAGCGGAGAUCCUCAACUCUCUGACCCUGAUGAGCCCGUGAGCCCAGUUGAGGAGAGGCAGGGCAGGAGCCAGCAGCCUGCGGCUGAUGCUAGCCGCGUCAGCUCUCUCGAUGAGGACGAUCUUGCGCUACCAGCGAUCCCCCGAAAAAGUUCUAAGCGCAAUUCGGGGUCCGUCGAUCGCCAUCGUCUGUCGGCACUCAGCCUCGUGGAGUCUGUGCCGCACGGGGAGACUGCAUCGCACGCAGCGUCGGACAACGACCCAGAGCCCGAGUCUGUUGGCUCUGCACGGGCGUAUAGGCUGGCCCCUCUCCCAUUUGAGCGCACGACGUCUCAGAGGCGACCGUCGUCGAAUUCCUCGUUGGAGUUUUCGAGCGCGUUUGUCGAUGUCGACCUACAAGGCCGACAGGAUGAGAGGCCAGCAAGUCUGGGGACCGUUCCCCAUCACGAGAUCAGUAGGCAUGAUCCCCAGCCUGCAUCGACCAACCUUGCAAGCUCGGCUGAGCUCGUGAACGACAGUGCCUCCUCGAGGCGGCGAAGUUGA